CUGCAGCCCUCUCUCUUUCUCUCUCUCUCUCUCUCUCUCUCCUGUUGGUGUCUCCAACUGGUCUCCGUUGUUUUCCGAAGGCGAGGGAGACAAAUAUGGGGAUUCCGGGGGCGGCGCCGGUGGGCGGCGACGUGCUGAGUGAAAGAGCGGCGACGAUGAGGGAGUCGAUGCUGAAGAGUCAGUCUAUUACCGACACCAUGGUCUCCAUACUUGGCUCCUUUGACCAUCGCCUCUCCGCCCUCGAGACCGCCAUGCGUCCCACUCAGAUUAGAACACACGCAAUCAGGAAAGCUCACGAGAACAUUGAUAAGACUUUGAAGGCUGCAGAGGUUAUAUUGGCUCAAUUUGAUCUUUCUCGUCAGGCAGAAGCCAAAAUACUUAAAGGUCCUCAUGAAGACCUGGAAAGUUAUCUUGAAGCAAUUGAGCAGUUAAGAAGCAACAUUCGAUUCUUCAGCAACAAUAAAAGUUUUAAGAGUAGUGAUGGGGUGCUGAACCAUGCAAAUAGCUUGCUUUCUAAGGCUAUUUCAAAGUUGGAAGAAGAAUUCAAGCAGCUGUUAUUGUCCUACAGCAAACCUGUGGAACCUGAACGGCUUUUUGAGUGCCUCCCCAGUUCACUUCGGCCAUCUUCUGAAUCGCCUGGAAAUCAGGGUGAUUCCAAUAGCAAGAAUCCUUUAACUAAUAAUCAAUCAGAACACCACAGCAAUAACCUGGAAAAUGCUGUUUACACAACUCCUACUCUUAUACCACCAAGGAUUUUACCAUUGUUGCAUAAUUUAGCCCAACAAAUGGUUCAAACUGGCCACCAGCAGCAGUUGUUGAAAAUAUACAGGGAUGCGCGAUCUACUGUUUUGGAAGAAAGCCUUCAGAAAUUGGGAGUGGAGAAACUUAGCAAGGAUGAUGUUCAGAAGAUGCAGUGGGAGGUUUUGGAGGCUAAGAUUGGGAAUUGGAUUCAUUUCAUGCGGAUUGCAGUCAAACUGCUGUUUGCUGGGGAACGAAAAGUAUGCGAUCAAAUUUUUGAAGGCAUUGAUUCGCUCAGGGAUCCAUGUUUUGCUGAAGCUACUGCAAGUAGUGUUACCGUAUUACUCAGUUUUGGAGAGGCCAUUGCUAAAAGCAAGAGAUCCCCUGAAAAGUUGUUUGUGCUUUUAGAUAUGUAUGAAAUAAUGCGAGAACUACACUCUGAGAUUGAGACACUUUUCAAAGGUAAAGCUUGUAGUGAAAUUAGGGAAUCUGCACUAGGUUUGACAAAACGGCUUGCUCAAACAGCCCAAGAGACCUUUGGUGAUUUUGAAGAAGCAGUUGAAAAGGAUGCAACAAAGACUGCUGUUUUGGAUGGAAGUCAUCCUUUGACAAGCUACGUCAUCAACUAUGUGAAGUUCUUAUUUGACUAUCAGUCAACCUUGAAGCAACUUUUUCAAGAAUUUGAAAAUGGAGAGGAAACAAAUUCACAGUUGGCGUCUGUAACAAUGAGAAUAAUGCAGGCUCUGCAAACCAAUUUGGAUGGGAAAGCAAAGCAGUAUAAGGAUCCUUCUUUGACUCACUUAUUUCUGAUGAACAAUAUUCACUAUAUGGUCAGAUCUGUACGCAGGUCUGAAGCAAAAGAUUUGUUAGGGGAUGACUGGGUCCAAAGACACAGGAGGAUUGUUCAGCAACAUGCAAAUCAGUAUAAGAGGAUUGCAUGGGCGAAGAUUCUUCAGAGCCUCUCUAUACAAGGACUCAGCUCAUCUGGGGGUGGUAGUUCAGUUGGUGUUGACGGAGGAAAUAGCAGUGGAGUUUCAAGAGUAAUAGUCAAAGACAGGUUGAAGAUGUUCAAUAUCCAGUUUGAGGAGCUUCACCAAAAGCAGUCUCAAUGGACCGUUCCUGACACUGAGUUGCGGGAAUCUCUGAGGCUUGCAGUUGCCGAAGUCUUAUUGCCUGCCUACAGAUCUUUCAUCAAACGUUUUGGGGCAUUGGUCGAAAAUGGUAAGAACCCUCAAAAGUAUAUCAGGUACACAGCUGAAGACCUUGACCGUAUGCUUGGUGAAUUUUUUGAGGGCAAGAUCUUAAAUGAACCGAAGCGCUAGAUCUCUGCAACUGUCACCAAAUCGGGAGCAAUAGUAAAUGAAACUUCAAUUCUAUCAAGUAGAUGGGCUCUAUUGGCCUUACUCUUUCAUUUGAGGUCUCAUUUUUUCGAGUUUUCUUCAUCACCGUGGUGCUGCCAACCCUCUUACGCAGCGAUGAGAUGUGCAUAUCUGUACGAUACACCAGGAGGGCGAAAAUAAGAAAGAGUGACAUUGUUAUAUUCGUCUGCUUUUGUGAGAAAUGGUUGGUGAAUAGGCUACUGCUUUGUGUGUUCUUGCUUAAAUAUAGGCGUAAAUAGCUGCUGCUGCUGUAUAGGCAUUUAUUAUUGUUUUUACCUGUAAUCUUGUGUUUAUGAUGCCCUGAUUUCCUGGUUGUUCUUACUUGAAGUGAUGAACAAUGUACUGUGAACCCUUAAAAAUGUUGCAGAAAAUUAUUUUGGUGUU